CUUCAUUCUAUCCACCUCCUCUCCAGACUCUCAAGAUUCCAAAAUGGGGGACGCUGGCACCAUCCGUGACACUUUCGUGACCAUCCGCGAUUGUUUUGACGUCCUUAGCAAAUGCAGUCCCAACCCUGCCAUCCUCGACAUGCCGGUGCCGCCUGCUGACACCCCCGCCUGGGGUCGCGCCCUCUUUGGCGCCGUCUUCACCAUCAACGACACCUGUCAAAGCCUCAAGACAGAUGUUGCGGCCCUUAAGGCAGACGUUGCAGCUCUCAAGACAGACAUUGCAGGCUUGAAGGCUCAAGUCGCUCGGGUUGAGCUGCAGACCGCGCAGCAACGUAUCGACACCUCCUACGAGCGCGAGCUGAUAACUGCGCGCAUUUACAAUGCGUCGGGUAGAGUCAGUGAUUCUCCUCUGGCUCCUCUCCCAACUCCUCCUCCGCGUCUGAACAUCGACGAGCCGCUCCCGGCGAUCCUUCCUGUUCCCGGUCCGCCCCCUGAGAUUUUCCCUCGCACUCGCGGUGAGCUUUACGCACUUCCGAACCUUACGGUGACCCGCCUCCUGGCCGCGUACGGGCUCGACGAGGGUGGCAACACGCAGGUCAAGCGCAAGCGCCUGGCCCGUUUUAUUGGCUGCUACUAGCUCCAUUCGCGCGCCCUGCUGUUCAUUGUAAAUUUCUUUGUAGCUUUGUAGAGGUUGUAGCGACCCAGAUCCUGUUUAUCCUCAAGAUGUAAACAAUGAGCCGCGUG